AAACAAUAUGGCAGCCCCCUUGGAUUAUUUUGAAUGUGGGGGCUAAAAUUCUGUGGAGAGGAUUAUGCAUUAAAACAAUUACUUUGUUUUGCAUCUUUUGAUGAACUUAGAAGUAAAAAUUAAAAAAAUUAAAAGAAACCAAACACCAAAAUAUCGGAACAAAAUGUAUGCAAAUAUGAAACCAGACACUGUGAAGGUGCCCUCGCACUUUCCAUGUGCAGCCCGAGUCAAGAUGCCACAGCUAGGAUCAGAAGACUCUGAGAUCAAAAUAAGGAGACACGCCCCCAGAUCUGCCUUGAUGAUGUACCAAUCUACAGACUUGUCUAAAAUGCCAAUACAAGAUUCCUACUUGAAACAAAUCAGCACUGGGAUUGUCUUUGAGGAAGAAGUCGUCAAGGACAGGUGUUUCCAUACACUACCCUAUGAUUCCAAGUACUUCUGGGAAGUAUUGUCCUUAGAUGGUCUUGUUCCUCUGCCUCCGAAAUCAAGGAUUCCAGUUGGUCGACACAAUGCACGAGGGCCAGAUGUUAGACACAUGCCGUGUGGAUUUACAAAAAUUACCAAAGGUCAUCAUCUGAAGCCGAUGAAGAGGAAGAUCAUGGAGAAGGCGAUGCAGAUGCAUCAACAAGCUCUGAUGGCCGGAAGGAUGGAAGAAACCAGAUCUGAAGGGGAUGGCAUGGAGAAGCUGGAUGAUGAAGAUGUUUCACCUGAACGUGCAGUGUUUAUGACUGAGGUCUCAGACAAGAAGCCCAAAGCCAAACCUACGCUAAAAGAACCUUCUCAGACAGCUCCAAAGAAGGUAAUGUCUGUCACAAUAAAGGAUGCAGUGCCUAAAUCAGCGCCAAGUGUUUCCAUCAGUCCGAGUAAGGUAACACUGAGUUCAACUGAAGGACAAGUUGCAAGCAAAAACGACUGGGAUUCCUAUCUGUUGUCUAUAUUGAGUCCUUUGACAGCUAAUUGGGUGGUGCAUGAGAGAAUGUCCCCUUCAGAUGAUCAGGAAAAUCUGAGUAAAGUGUUAGCAGGUUGGUAUGGGCAGCCUGACCACACUGACCUGGUGAGGGACGAUGUGAGCGUUACAGACAUGGAUGUUACACCCAAUAAAGACAAGAAGACAAAGAAGGUUAAGAAGGAAAAAGAACUGACAUUCUUUGAGAAGAUCAAAGCUGAGGUUCCCAAACGUGCUGUUGAUCCAUAUUCGGAUGACAACCAGGCACCAUUCUACCGGCAACCUGCAGGUCUGCGGCGCCAGCGGAAGACAGAACAAAAGGAAGAAGCAGGAGCAAUCAACAGCACUGCACAUGGGAUCGAAGUGAAGUCAUACCAGCCGUCACCGCCGCCCACCUUACGAGACUUCAUCAAUCCUGCAGUCGGAGACAAGAUGUUUGAAACGGACAACAUGUACCAGCAGGAAUGGCUGACAGGAGCCCAACAGGUGUACUGCCAAUCUGACCAGGACAAGAUUGUCAUGGAGAAUGACAACAAGUACAAGAAGCGCCUACAGAAGGAAUAUCCUCACUCUACGGAAUGCUGGUUCACUGAGUCGGAGUCCGAGGUCAAGGUCACACAAGAUCCAGACAAGGGCAAGAUUAACAAAGGCCUUCGACGAUGGAAGGAGCUCCCAGAGCCUGUGGAUGACACUGUUGAGGUCCUGAACAUUGUCCCCCCAGGCUAUGACCCAGAGUUCCACCGGUCACCUGACCCCACCACAAGGAGGAUCACCAAACUGAAUGCUUCCCUCAUGCAGAUCAUUGAAGAGUGGCGGUCAAAGUGGCACCUGAGUGGUCAGUUUGCGGACAGCAGUCCAAUGGACCUGAUCCGGGAUAUGGCGGACAUUCAGCCCCACGUGAGGCUGAAGGCUGUGUCUACAGUAGCGAAAGCAGCGGAGUAUAAACCCCCGGAGGAGGCAGGCAUACAACUAGAGUAUCAGGACAAGCAGGCUACCACGGCCACCCAUCUCCCGGAUGAGAUCUUCGUUGCACUCAACUACCUCCUGGAAGAUGAGCAUGACCGUGUACAGAAAGCUGCAGCCAUUACACUGUAUUCCUUGAAUCAUCCAUCGGACAAGGCCGAGUGCAUUCUGCGGGACACCCUCCAGGGGGAGAACGGUGUUGACCGCUGGGCAGCCGCUCAGUGUCUGGCCCACUUCGGUGUGUGUGACUCGGACGUGGUAGGGGAGAUAAUCAAGCAGCUCCUAGACACCGAGGACUCCAUCAAACACGAACAGGCCAUCAUGCUUCUUUCCAAGAUCAGCUACAACUCGACUCUGGUUCAUUCCCUGGUGGCGGAACAACUCAACAGCACCAGCUGGAGACACAAGGUCAUUGCCUGCAAGAUCCUCCCGACGCUUCACGGAACCAUCAACAGGGACAUCACCAACAAGCUGUCCGAGCUGAUGUGGAGUGAUUGGCACAAUGACGUGAGGAAGGCCGCAGCCCAUUGUCUGGGGAAAACCCAGCAUGGUCGUGAUGUCCAUGAUGAUCUCAAGGACAGGAUUGCCUCCUCUAAUGAAAGAGUCCGACUUGAGGCUGUCAGUAGGAUUGGACAGUUGGGGAUAAUGACUGCCAAACUUCUGCCAGUGUUUCUUGAGUGUUUUGAUGACCCCUAUGUGUCGAUUCGUGUGGAGACCUGUAUCACAAGUGGUAACCUGGAAAUAAAGGAUGAUCGCGUACUUGAGAAGCUGGUGUACCUUGCCACGUAUGACCCCAUCUGGAAGGUCAAGGCUCUUGCCAUUCAAGCCCUGGGGUGUAUCGGCAGGAUCAACGACGACAUCAAGGAGUGUCUGAUGUGGGCGCUGCGGUACGAGGAACAGGAGGGGGUGAGGGCAGAGGCGUGUCACUCGCUGGUUAUCCUGGGGCAGAAGGAUGAGGUGUUUGUGGAGGUGCUCCAAGACAGAUUGCUGGUGGAGACGUCACAGAUUGUCAGAGAGGAGAUCGUGGAGGCGCUGCGUCGUAUGGGAGUCAGCACAACGGAGGACAUGGACAUGGUCACGCAGAUCAAGGGAGAGGUCCGCAAACUCUGCAACCGCGAUGUCAUUGCCUCCCACAUCAUGGUCAACGAAAUGGACGAGGAUCGCAGAGAGAACCUCAAACGCAUGAUAUACGAGACAGACAAGGAACUUGAGCGGUACUUCCACCAUCGUAACCGAUUCCUCCACCUAGUCAGCAGGUCUGACUUUGACACCAGGCUUCAGCUGCUGCGCAGCUCUGUCACUAUUGAGAAGCUUCACCAGGAGCACCAGGCUAUGAAGGAGAAAGCUAUGAAGCACAUCCAGUCCUUGAGUCGGAUGAGCAGCGGUGGAACCCAGCCUCACACCAACACUGGCUCCAGAACAUCCUCAGCUGCUGUGAGUCGAGAAGGAACGAUGUUCACUCCCUCAGCAGACAAAGAACUAGAGGCCCUCAUGUCACCAGAAGAUACCAAAGAGGAUCUGAGUGAAUCAGUCACUACCAAGUCCAGAGUGGACACAGUGACAGCCACCUCGAUCUCUAGACCUGGUACAUCCGGAACCCAGACAGACAGCCAACUGUCCGAGGGUGGUGGGGAGAGUUACCAAAGCACCUUGGUUAAGUCCAGGACAGAGGACAGUGAUGGGGACUACCUGAGUGGUGAGACUCCAGGCAGUGCCCAGGUGGAUGGUCUUUUGAAUAGGAGCGAUCAUGUGGAGAGUGCUCAUUCUGGGUCUAUUGGUUUGAAUCUUGCUAUGACUUCUCCUAAAGGUUUGGCAGCUUCUUCUCUUGAUAUCCGAGCAUCACGACUGAGUUUUAUUGGUACUUCCACUGAGAGGAAAGCUCAGCUGUCAAGUAGAGACACUAACAAUGAAAGGCAAAAGGUCAGUGCAGAAGCAUUGAGUACUUAUAAGGGUUUGGAGAAUAGGUAUUCCAACUUUAAUGCAGAUUUGAUGGCCAUUGAUAGAGGAUUGAAUACAGCAGGGGGCAAUGAGAAAGAAUCAGAAUUUCCGCUCAAUCAGCAACAUGAAAAGGUUGUUGCAUCAGUCGUGAUUUCAUCCCCAGACAGUGAAUCAGCAAUGAUAGAAGUGUGUGCAGAAGAACAGGAGGUAAAGGAUGGCUCUGUGACUCCAGUUAAGAACCAAGAGCCAGAGUCUGGAGAUGCUGCAGUGGUGAUAUUGGUUUCCAGGGCAUCUGAGGAAAAUCUAUAUCCUGGAACUAAAGAUGAAGCUGCUGGAUCAUCAGAUUUAGUUUCAGAUCCCACAGAUUCUGUUCAGGCUGAGGUUACAGCACCAGAUGAAGCAGACAUUGUUGCAAGAGGGAUGAGGACAGGGGAAUCAUCUGAACAAUCAGCUGCGCAGACUGGUCCAGAACAGGAUACUACUGGUGGUGAUCCCAAGCAUGUUGAAGGUUCUCUUGCAGAUGGAUCUCCAACAGAAAGUUCUCAAGUAGCAGGACAUCCUGAAGCAAGUUCUCCACCUGAAGGUUCUCCUGCACAGGCAUCAGUGGAGAUUGUAGUAACCUCUUCUUCCCCUCACGAUCAGACUCAACAGUAGGGUCUGUGUUCAUAUCUAAGUAGUGCUGUGAUACUAUAUCUUCUGUUGUGUAGCUAGUACCACUGAUUGUAAUUUCUGUAAAUAUCAUUUUUGAAGCAAACCUUUUAGAAACUGUAUUUCCAACAUAAUUAUAUUGUACUGUCAGUGAUGGAUAGUUGUGCAUUUGUUAAUGAAACUAUUGCAAAUGUGUGGAAUAAUUCAGCUGUGUAUCUUACACACAUUGUCAGCAGCUGAAUAAAUGUGUCUAUCAAAGAUGUAACAAUUUACGGUAACAGACUUAAAGUGUUAUUAUCUAUUUUCUGUAAAAUACAGAUAUUCAUGAGGCAGUGUUUUUACUGAGUGAAUGCUUAUAAUGUUGGCUUCUUUUUUUAUCAGUAUAAUUAUUGAUCACCCUGCCAAAACCAAUUUCAUUUCUACAUUGUGUCAUCUUCCAGUGAUAUGCCUCCAGUCUGCCUUUUUUGUACAGCUGUGUUAACCACAAAAGUGUCCUAUAUUGUUUCCCCGAGUUGAUCUGUGAUAUUGCUAAUGUUAGCAUUUUUGUUAAUAUAACAAUCUUGAACCCUU